AUGCAACUUCUAGAGGACCUUCUCAUCCCACCUAUGCGAAGUCAACAUCAAACGGAAAACUUCGCCGAACCUUUCCGCUACUUUGACGUAAUUUCGAAUGCAACCAGUGAAGCAAUAAAUUAUCCGCCCAUCUACACAGUCGACGACAUUUACCAGCCCACAAUCUCCCUUACUGAUAAUGCUCGACAAAGCGAAAUUAUGCGACGGAGGAUGCGAAGGAGACAAUUGAAGAAAGCGCAGCUGAUUCUCACAAACAGUCUAUUGGAUGAUCAAGAAAACAGAUCAAGCUAUUAUGACCCAGGCGUACCCUCGGCUCAAUCAACAAGAUAUUGCGACAUAGACGCAAAUGACGACGCGACCCUUUGGAUGCUGAUAAGUUUGUCAGGAAAAUUGUUCCGUGGAAAGCGUAGAUCUGGUGGAGAACGUGAUCUGCGAGAACGACUUCUGAUAAGAAAAGUCGCAGAGAAGGCAUUUAACCAUCUUUUUCCACCUAUUAUAGUAUGA